AUGCACCUGCAGGAGGCACAGCUGGACAAGGAGUUGACGUGUGGCAUCAAGGGCCAAGCGCAGGCCGUGCAGCACCACUCUGCUGCAUUCAGGUUUUCGCUGAAGUUUUCUCUCUCACUUGAUGAGCAAUUUCUUUUAACUGGCUGGAGCUUUGCAACUGUUUCUCAAGCAUCUUUUUCUCUUUUCUGCAAGCAGAGAUUGGUGAACUUCUCGGGCCAGUUUGCCUUCCACGUGGGCCUGCCAGCCAAUUCAGCUGUGUCGGGCACCAUCCUUCUGGUGGUACCCAAUGUCAUGGGAAUGAUGUGUCUGUCACCUCCCUUGGACAAGCUCGGGAACAGCCACAGGGGCAUCAACUUCUGCCAGAAGCUGGUGUCCCUCUUCAACUUCCACAACUAUGACAACCUGCAGUACUGUGCCCGGAAGCUGGAUCUGCGGCGUGAAGGGGGAGAGGUUUGGAACAAGACUGUGGUGAACCUCUUAUUUGCUGCCUUUAGUGGAGAUGUGUCAGCUCUGCGAAGGUUUGCCUUGUCAGCCAUGAACAUGGAGAAGCAGGACUAUGACUCACGCACAGCUCUGCACGUGGCUACAGCUGAAGGACACACUCAAGUGGCUGAGUUCCUGAUCGGGGCUUGCAAAGUGAAUCCCUUUGUCAAGGACAGGUGGGGCAACAUUGCCCUGGACGAUCCUGUGUGGUUCAACCACCUGGAGGUGGUCAAGCUGCUUCAAGAUUAUCAAGACUCCUACAUGCUCUCUGAAAUCCAGGCUGAGGCCGCAGCUGAGGCUCUAUCCAAAGAAAACUUGGAGAGUAUGGUGUGACGGCCAGGUCAUGGACCAUCCCCGCUUCACAAAAACCUG